CACGUAUCAAAUAUUGCCACGUCGGAUAAGAGUCUUGUAUUUGAUACUUGUAUAAGUCAGGGACCUAAUCCAAAUAUAUUAUUUUGGACGUUGCUUAAAACAUCGCGGAGAACCGACCCGCCUGAACAACGUCAAGUGUUUGGACCCGAUCAAAGAUGGAUCAACCCGACCCGAAAAAUGGCUCUGGUCUGAUUCUCUCCGCCACUGAACCGCUGCGAUCGUUUCUCGCUCUCGCCUCCGGUGAUCGUCGUCUCUCCGACGAGCUCAGAGGAAUUGCUUCCGAUCUUCGCUCGAAGAACACCAUUCCGUACAAAUUGCUCCGCGCUAUAUGGACCGGAUCCGAUCCGUCGACCAGACCGGAUUUGUUGGGACUUUUCUCCGGCUCCAAUUUCGUCUUCACCAGUCCCAAACCCAGAGAAAAGAGCGAAGAACUGAAACUGAGAUUAGUGAAGCUCAGAGAAAUAGCAGAGAGGAAGGAGUAUGCUGAGCUUGUUAAAGAUAUAACACCAAAGAAACAAGUCGAAGAGCCUUUCUCUUCUUACAAAGACCAGCUCGGUUUUGGUUUACAUGUUGGUCUUACCAUGUUCACUGGAUAUUUGGUUGGAUACGCUUCCUUCAGAGCUUUAUUCAACCGCAACCCCGCUCUGAGUGCUGCUGGUGGGAUUCUUGGACUAGUUCUGGCGAUGCUUGUGGAAACGCUUCUAUUUAUAAUCAAAACGUCUAAAGAUGAUCAGAUUCAGAGCUCUAAAUCGUUCACUCAGAGCUCUCCAUCGUUCACUCAGAGCUCUCCAUCGUUCACUCCCACUACUAAGAAAAAUCAAUAGAACUUUGUUUGCAUUCUUUUCCUACUGAGAAAAACUAAGAGAUUUGUAGAGAAUUUAGCUUGGUACCUGCCUGAAAUGGAAAAUUUUUGUACCCAAAAGACAAGAAGCACAAUACUGUAUUUAAGUUUUGUUUAAAUAAAAUUUGGAGUUUAAGUUUGUUUAAAUAAAAUUGGAGCUUUUUCAUUUCUA